UUAAUACAGGAUUUAACUGAUUCUUUUUAUUCAGGAAACUAACUACAAAGAGACUGUAAUUAAAAGCCUUGAAGCAGCACAGAACAAAUCCUUGCUAGAAAUCAAUUCGUUGGGGGAAAGACUCAAUGAUAUGUGCACUCAGCUGUCCAUGGCGGAGAACCAGAGGAGCAGCAUUGAGCUUGAAAGAGACAGUGUUAUAGAAAAGCUUGAGAGCAGUAAGAAGAAGUUAAACAAAAAGAAAAAACUACUGGAGCAGUUCAAAGAACGGGUUACCAUUUUAGAAACUGAUCUAGAAGCAAGGAACGAAGCACACAUUCAACUUGAAGAAGAAAAUAAAAAUAAGGAAGAAGUCAAUAACAAUUUUGAAAUGGCAGUCAAUGAACUGAACAAGGAAAUCUUAAUGUGUAAAGAUAACAUAAAUGAUCUGACACAAAAACUUGCCUUGACUGAAGAUCAUAGUGCAAAACUUCAAGAAGAAAAAACAAAGCUUGAGGAGGACCUCAAAAAAGCCAGCUCAGACUUGGAGACAAAGGCUCAGGAAUGUGAAAACCUUGCAGAAACAAUCAAGCAGCUGAGAGCCGACACAAAGAAACUUGAAAAAGAAUGUGACGUAAAAGUUAAGAGUGCUUCUGCAGAGACCAAGUCAAAGAGACUUCUAGAUCAAAAAAUAAAUGGCCUGGAAGAAAAGUUAAAGAAAAGCAUAAAAAAUGUUGAAAACCUCGAGGCUGAACUGAAAACAACUAAGAAUCUGCUAAGUGAAAAGGGGAAGGAAACUGAGGCUCUGCAAGUGUCCCUAAAUAAAGCUGUGUGUGAGAAACAAGAAAUUCAACACCGGUAUGAAGCCAAAGACAAGUCGCUUCAGAGUUACCAAAGUUCAACAUCCACCACCUUAGAAGCUCUCCAAAAGGAGCUUGAUAACGUUCAGGAAGAACUUGAGGAGACAAAGAUCAACCAUGAACAGAAAGUGUUGCAGCUCCAGAACCAGUUAGGUGAGGCAAGAGACACUUUGAACUCGUCCAACAUUGCUCAUGAAAAACAGCUUCAAGAAAUUACAAAGGCUUUCCAGGAAGAGCAUGAGACCUCCCUGGCACAGUGUCAAAAGGAGAUCACUACCCUGAAAGCAAAGGUAGAGGCCAUGAUGAGUGAGCUGGAGCAUGCUAAGCAGGAGGCCAGCGCUGCUAUUAAAGAUAAACUACAGAUAAAACUGGAGUCAGACAACAAAGUGAAGGAAAUGGGUGAUCUUUUGGACAUCUAUAAAACUGAUAAAGAAACCAAACUGAAGAGUGCUGAAGAAGAGCUCCUAAAAAGUAGGUCACAGAUUGCACAGCUCAUGCAGGAGAAGGAUGAACUGUUGGCCAAAAUCAAGACUCUGACCCAAAGUUUAGAAGUGGCUGCAAUGGUAAAGCCUGCUGUGACACAGGUGACUGAACCUGAUGAUGCCAACUUGCAUACACCCAGCCCCAACACAUACUUGAACACCUUUGCUGAGCCAAGCCUUCCUCCAGCACCCAGGGCAGUUGCUGCCAUGAGAAAGAUAGAAGCUAAUAAAUUUCAGGGGAACCAGCCAGUUGCUGGUAUUCUUAAGACGGGUCGACGUACUCUUCUGCCCCCUGAGUACCAGAAGCGUGUUGUGUUCAAACCACUGGCGCCCAUCAGAGACUAUGCUUCUGGAGACUCAAGCUCAGAGGCCUGUGCAUUGGAGAUUGCUGACAGUGAUGACCCAUUUGAAGAAAUAAAGCGGGCCAGAAGGCACCCAGCAGGGGUUAGGUCAGAGAAGGUGCCAAGAGCCAAUGUGGCUCCUUUCAUAAGUGAAGCCAAGCCUCCUCAGAAAACAAAUUUGCCUCCCAGUGAACAAGAUAUAGAUGAGGAGGUGAACAGAGCACCGACAGUUGUUUCCUCACGAAGGAAAAGGGGAAGAGGUGAAAAGAAGCAGAAUUUGAAGACAUACAGUGCAGUCAGCCCAAAGAAUAAACAGGCAAAAACUGAGUAGAAGCAGAACUGUAUGAGGGUGAGGGAAUAUGUACUGUAACCCAUUCAUUAGUAUGCUGGACAAAAAAGGUUGUGUUUGUUAUUCUUUGUUAUGCUCAGUGACAGACAAAAUAUUUACUGUAUAAUACUUUACACUGUUAAAAUCUUACCUAUCAUUUUUGUUAUAUAUCACCAAGUAUACCUGAAAAUAACACUCCCAAGAAGUUGCACACCACACUUCUUGAAUAUUUCAUUUUCUUGCCAAGUUGACUUUAUUUAUUUUGUUUUAUAAAGGAAUAUAUUAGCAUUUGAAUACCAAUAAAAAUAUCAGAGCGCCAUUAUAUAUGUAUAUAUGGAUAGAAAUUACAAAUAUACAUACAUAGGGAAUCUCAAGAGCAACUUUAUUUGACUUGUUAUCUUUUGUUGAAACUUGAUGGAUUGUGAACUCUGAUUUGAGGUUCAUAAAAUGUGCAUUAUGCAGACUAUAUUGUUAUGAAGGUAAUCCACAUACCUUAUGUAAAGAAUAUAUACAUGCAUAGAGAGAGACUAUACUCAUUUAUCUACUUACAUAUGUACUUUCUGAGAAAAAAAUAUCUUUGACACCAAUAAAAUACUGAAGACC